UAUGGCAACCACCAACACCAUCAUUGAUGUCAAGAUGGGAGUUCUCACUAUGACAGUUUUUGAUAAAACUAUUCAGUUUCGGCUCUUUGAGGCCAUGAGACAUUCUAAUGAUUCAAAGACUUGUUUUUGGGUGGAUGUGGUGGAUAGAAGAGUCGACAUGGAGCUGCAUAGAAAUGAUAAAACCAUUGCUUUGGAAGCUUUUCUAGUGGGAGAUAUUGAGAGGACUCUGGACAAUGAUACUCAAGAAGUUGUAAACAUGUUUGAGGCUUCUCCUAGUUAUCAACACAAGUGGCGUCCGACCUUUGAAAAUUUGAGGGACUCUCCAAAUCUUGAGAAGCUAGUACCAUCUAUAGUGAGUCCGCCAGAGCUAGAGUUGAAGCCUUUGCCCGCACAUUUGCGAUAUGCAUUCUUAGGUAACUCUAAAACUCUUCCUGUUAUUAUUUCUUCUAAUCUUUCUCUCUUGGAAGAAGAGAAAUUGCUCUGUGUUCUCAGGGAAUACAAGAGUGCAAUUGGGUGGACCAUUGCGGAUAUUCGUGGCAUUAGCCCCUCUAUGUGCAUGCAUCGCAUUUUGAUGGAGGACGGAACUAAAGCCACUAGAGAGGGACAAAGAAGAUUAAAUCCAAACAUGAAAGAAGUUGUCCGGAGUGAGAUUUUGAAGCUCUUGGAUGUUGGCGUUAUUUAUCCUAUUUCUGAUUCCAAAUGGGUGAGUCCAGUCCAUCUUGUGCCGAAGAAAUCUGGGAUUACUGUCGAAGCUAAUGAGAACAAUGUGCUUAUUCCUACUCGGAAGGUCACGGGAUGGCGAGUUUGUAUUGAUUAUCGGAAACUGAAUUUAGCUACCCGAAAAGAUCACUUCCCAUUACCUUUUAUUGAUCAGAUGCUUGAGAGACUGGCAGGGCAUGAGUAUUAUUGCUUCCUGGAUGGUUAUUCUGGUUAUAACCAAAUUGCCAUUGCCCCCGAAGAUCAAGACAAGACUACUUUCACUUGUCCAUUUGGAACAUUUGCUUACCGUCGGAUGCCUUUUGGCUUAUGCAAUGCUCCUGCAACAUUUCAGCGUUGCAUGAUAAGCAUCUUCUCUGACAUGGUGGAGCGUUUUAUUGAGAUAUUUAUGGAUGAUUUUUCUGUCUUUGGGUCAAGUUUUGACAAUUGCCUUCAAAAUCUAUCUAUUGUGUUGAGGAGAUGUGAAGAAACCAAUUUGGUGCUAAAUUGGGAAAAAUGCCACUUUAUGGUGCAACGAGGAAAUGUGUUGGGGCAUAUUAUCUCCAAAAAUGGGAUUGAAGUUGAUCCGGCAAAGAUUGAGCUUAUAUCGAAGCUUCCUCCUCCGAUUAAUGUGAAAGGAAUUCGUUCUUUUCUGGGACAUGCAGGGUUCUAUAGGAGGUUCAUUCAAGAUUUUUCUAAAAUUGCUAGGCCUUUAUGCAACCUUUUGGCCAAAGAUGCAGUUUUUCUAUUCGAUGAAGCUUGUAUGAGGGCAUUCAAUUUGUUGAAAGAGAAACUUACUACCGCUCCAAUUAUGAUGCCUCCGGAUUUUUCUUUGCCAUUUGAAAUUAUGUGCGAUGCUUCUGACUUUGCCAUUGGAGCAGUGCUUUGUCAACGAGUUGACAAGAAGUCUCAUGUUAUAUAUUAUUCAAGCCAAACACUCAAUGAUGCUCAAGUCAAUUAUACCACCACCGAGAAAGAGUUGUUGGCCAUUGUUUUUGCCUUGGACAAGUUUCGUCAAUAUUUAGCAUGCUCUAAAGUGAUUGUCUACUCUGACCAUGCAGCAUUGCGGUAUUUAUUGUCAAAGAAAGACUCCAAGCCACGGCUCAUUCGUUGGGUACUGCUUCUCCAAGAGUUUGAUUUGGAGAUUCGGGAUAAAAAUGGGUGUGAGAAUGUAGUUGCUGAUCAUCUCUCUCGGCUCGCUAUCAAGGAAAACGGUGAAAGAGAUAUGGAUUUCAAUGAGACCUUUCCAGAUGAGCAUUUAUUUGAGGUCGAGGAAGUUCCUUGGUAUGUAGAUAUCGUUAAUUAUCUGGUAAGCCGGAAGUUACCUCCGGGUAUGACCACACAUGAGAAAAACAAGUUUCUAUCCUCCAUCAAAUUAUCAGACGAUGUAUUCCGGUUAAUGAGCAAGAAAGUGUUCUUCACUUUUGCCACUCUCAUGUGUGUGGAGGGCAUUUUGGGGGGAAGAAAACUUCUGCCAAGGUUUGGAACUCCAAGAGCUAUUAUUAGUGACGGUGGAUCACAUUUUUGCAACAAGUACUUUGAGAAGUUGAUGAAAAAAUGUGGGGUAACUCACAAGGUUUCUACACCUUACCACCCGCAAACGAGUGGCCAGGUGGAGAUAUCGAACCGGGAGAUCAAACAUAUUCUUGAGAAAACGGUUUCUUCUAGUAGAAAGGACUGGAGUAUUAAGCUUAAUGAUGCUCUUUGGGCUUAUCGGACCGCUUUUAAGACUCCUAUUGGCAUGUCUCCAUACCGGUUAGUCUUUGGGAAGCCUUGUCAUUUACCGGUAGAGCUGCAACAUCGAGCAUACUGGGCAAUCAAGGUUUUGAACUUUGAUCUCCAGGAAGCUGGUCAAAAAGUCUUGCUGUAUAAUGCUCGCCUUCGAUUUUUUCCGGGAAAGCUUCGAUCAAGGUGGAGUGGUCCGUAUGAGGUGAUUAAAGUUCUUCCUUAUGGCUCUGUAUUUAUCAAGGACCCUCGCACAAGUUUUGAGCAGCAAGUAAAUGGUCACCGCCUCAAGCCCUAUUUUGAGACCUCUUUUGAUAUGGAAAAGUACAAGUUACGCUUGGAAGAUCCUCCAUCCCUUUGA